CUGUCAGAGCUUCGCAGUAUACCUAAGAACCCAAGCUGUGUUUUUUAUCUCAUGUGGUGAAGUGAUACAUAUGUAUCGCUUGGUCUGUUUGAAAUUUCCUGUCGAAUUCAGAAGGAAGUGAUGGUCACACAAAAGAGUUUUGUGCAUCACUGGCAGUGGAUGAAUUACUACAGCAAUUUCUUUUGAUUUUGAAUCAUCGAACAAGGACUUCAGGUUCCGGAAUAUUUCUACAGUUUGAAUAUCCAUAUUUGCAUAUUAAAUAUCGGUUCUGCUGCUUAGCACUUGAUUCUUGUCCUUUCCAAUAUCAUAUCGAGUAUUGCUACAUACAACCUGAAAAGAUCAUGCAUGUAGAUUGAGGCUGAGUCUGGGCGUUAUCACAUUCCCCACCUUCAAUCAUUUAUCUUUGACAGCACAGUCUCUUUUGCGAUAUCUUGUUCGGCUCUAUCCCUACUAAUAUUUUGAGUGUCGUGGAAUGAUGAGAUUGAGUGAUCGUGAGUAUUGUUGAACUUCCUUUUCUUUUCGCCAAAUUUCUGAGGCUGUUGAAAAUAGGACUUCGAUCGUGCAAUUCGUCCUUCGAAAGUAUGAAGCCCAAGAACGGAUGCAACACUUGCAAACUCAGGCGAGUCAAGUGCGACGAAACUAAGCCAGGUUGCACGCGAUGUCAAAACUUUGGACGUGUCUGUGAUGGAUAUGAAUUGAAAAGUCCUUCGCAUGAGCCAGCAUGGCUCGUAAAGGAUGAAGGAUCAUCUUUAAGCGCAGCUAAAAUCAAGAAAAAACCUAUACCCGUUGAAAAGUUCCUCUCUGUACCGAGAGCAAGGACUGCUUUGAUUCGGCAUUUGGGGCCUUGUGAAAACUGUCAGGAACGCAACGUCAAAUGUCCUUUAGAGCAUCAUGAUCUUAAAGUCGUUGAGAUGGCCUACCAAAAUGCGAGCCGAGAUGGUAAAUCUACAAAUCAUCGUGAAGGAAAGCCCAUCCCAAAAUGCAAGAGCCUCAAUAACACGGGAUAUCAUGCCAAUAAAAUGAUGAAUGAGGAAAGUCCCCUAGUUUACAACACUCACCAACCACGUAUCGAAUCUGACACAAACGACACAGACUACAAUUCCGACGACCUUCCGGAUGAUCCAGAACUUUCUGCUUCAGCAAAAGAACGAAUAACAAACCCAAAGGCCUACUUUGACAAAUUGAAAUCUUUGGAGCAGGACAAGUAACUUACAAACGGAGAAUUGGGCAUACAAUGAAGGAUGUCUUAGUGGAGCGAUGGCGUCAUGGUUUACGAAAUCCUCUUGAUCUUGAAGCUUACUCUGGAGUUGAGGUAUCCCUCUGUUCUCGCAAUGCUCGUCAUCGUCGAUUGUUAAACGUUUUCACGUCUGCUACUAUGGUUAAUUACCUUCGUGCCAUUUCCUUUACAUGGGAUAGUGGUGUCUGUGAGUCUUCAUACCUUAAAGCAUUACGCUG